GCCAGGGGCCGCGGGGCCGGAGCCUCCUCUCUCCUCCUGCUCUGGCUGCAGCCUCUGCUCCCACUGCGGCCGGGGCCCCCUUGUGCGCGGCUGUCGGCGCUGCGCGCCCACUGAGUCCGCCGCUCCCGGGCCCAUGUACUGGAAGCAUGAGAACGCCGCCCCGGCGCUGCCCGAGGGCUGUCGGCUGCCUGCCGAGGGCGGCCCCGCCACCGACCAGGUGAUGGCCCAGCCAGGGUCCGGCUGCAAAGCGACCACCCGCUGUCUUGAAGGGACCGCGCCUCCUGCCAUGGCUCAGUCGGACGCAGAGGCCCUGGCAGGCGCUCUGGACAAGGACGAGGGUCGGGCCUCCCCAUGUACGCCCAGCACACCAUCUGUUUGUUCGCCGCCCUCUGCUGCCUCCUCCGUGCCGUCUGCCGGCAAGAACAUCUGCUCCAGCUGCGGCCUCGAGAUCCUGGACCGGUAUUUGCUCAAGGUCAACAACCUCAUCUGGCACGUGCGGUGCCUGGAGUGCUCCGUGUGUCGCACGUCGCUGAGGCAGCAGAACAGCUGCUACAUCAAGAACAAGGAAAUCUUCUGCAAGAUGGACUACUUCAGCCGAUUUGGGACCAAGUGCGCCCGAUGCGGCAGACAAAUCUACGCUAGCGACUGGGUGCGGCGGGCGCGUGGCAACGCCUACCACCUGGCCUGUUUCGCCUGCUUCUCCUGUAAGCGCCAGCUGUCCACGGGUGAGGAGUUCGGCCUAGUCGAGGAGAAGGUGCUGUGCCGCAUCCACUACGACACCAUGAUCGAGAACCUCAAGAGGGCCGCCGAGAACGGGAAUGGCCUCACGUUGGAGGGGGCAGUGCCCUCGGAACAGGACAGUCAGCCCAAGCCGGCCAAGCGCGCGCGGACGUCCUUCACUGCCGAGCAGUUGCAGGUUAUGCAGGCGCAGUUCGCGCAGGACAACAACCCCGACGCACAGACGCUGCAGAAGCUGGCGGACAUGACGGGCCUCAGCCGCAGGGUCAUCCAGGUGUGGUUUCAAAACUGCCGGGCGCGUCAUAAAAAGCAUACACCGCAGCACCCAGUGCCGCCCUCAGGGGCGCCCCCGUCCCGUCUCCCCUCCGCCCUGUCAGACGACAUCCACUACUCUCCGUUCAGCAGCCCCGAGCGGGCGCGCAUGGUCACCCUGCACGGCUACAUUGAGAGUCAGGUACAGUGUGGGCAGGUGCACUGCCGACUGCCUUACACCGCGCCCCCUGUCCACCUCAAAGCCGAUAUGGACGGGCCACUCUCCAGCCGGGGUGAGAAGGUCAUCCUUUUUCAGUACUAACACUACCGGCACUUGCGCAUCUGUCCACGGACAUCCCACAUCCCUCAGCUGCUGAGAACCAGUGUCGAGCUGCAGCCAGGGAUCCACUGCCUCCACAUCCACCCCCACCAGCCAUCCUGCCCUCAGCCAGCUCGGCCUCCCAGGCCUGGUCUUUUCCUCUCCUGCUGAGAACCAGAACCCACCAGGAGCAUCACAGAGUCCUCCUCUUGGAAGGCAAUGUGAAAACUGGGUGAAAACAACAAGCCUGUUUUUACCAUUCAAACAAGAGUUAUCUUCAACUUCAGCCUAUUACAAUAGCAAAAGGCAAAUUGAAUCGUGAGAUGCCAACAGCCUCCUAAUUUACAGGUUUUCUUC